AUGUCAGCGGAAAUAAAGCAACUCCGGGAGGAAAACUGCAAGCUGCGCCAUCUAAACAUGAAGCUUCAAGAAUCUCUGGUGGAGAAAACUUUUUUUUUUUUUCCUUUGAAACCUAUGGGAUUAUCAUUCUCCGGCAUCCCAGGAUACCCCAACUCAAAUUGGCUAUUGAGGGUAUCGCAAGAUGCACACGAGAGUGAUUAUCUGUUCGUGAAAGAGUUGCUCUUCUCGCUGUUUCCAAGAGGCGUAGGCAACGCCACAGUGACCGGCAGGCGUUCUAACAACCCCAGAGGACGCAGCAAGAAAGCCCCGGAGCCAAAUCAGAACAUUCAAACGGUUGUUCAAAUGGAUCCUGAAAAAGUUAAAUAUAUGAAAGCUCGGCUGUACGAGAGAAGACGAAUUUUGCAGGACCCAGUAGGGGUCGCUCAGCAUUUGUCCCAACAAAUAAAUAAGCACAUCGCAACCGCGCUGGCGAAUAAUCCUGUGUUGUGCCAGGUGCCAACGCAAUAG